GGGGGGCGCGCGUAACCUCGCCGCCCCCUUUGCUCCGCCGCGCCGUAGAGAGUUCUGCUAGAUUUGCGGCUGCUCGAGCCAGGAAAGCCCAAGAACAACGCACACGGAGAUGAGCUUAGCGCUUCUAGGGGGCUACUCCUCCGCCGAGGACGACGACCCCGCCGCCGGCGCCGGCGCCGAGCUGAGCGACUCCGGCGACUCAUCAGCCGAAGAGGCCGGAUCUGACGGAGACGAGAAGUCCGCUCCAUCGAAGCCGGCUGCGAAGCCCCGCCCCCGCGUAAACCCUAGCCCCGGAGAUGGGGACUCCUCGCUGCCCUCGGCGCUAGAUGUCUUCGCCGAGAUCUCCGGGCCCCCGGCUUUCCUCAACCGCAGGGUGGCCCAGCCCGAGGAGGUCGGGGAGGCGCUCGGCGUGCUCGAUCACCGCUCCGACUCCAAGAGGAGAAAGCCGCCACCUCCCGGUGCGGUUGUGGCGGCGAAACCACAGAUGGUUGCCAUCCGUGAACGAGUUAGCAGUGACGUGAAGAAUGGUGCCAAUCCUCCAGUUGCUGUUGUGUCGGCGAAACCACAGUUGGUUGCUGGUCAUGAACGAGUUACCAGUGACACGAAGAAUGGUGCCAAUCCUCCAGGUUCAGUUGAAGGAAAGAGAAAAAUAGGGGCUGCAAAUCCUGGUCCAGAAGAUGCUGCCGAGCUUCUAAGAAUGUGCCUCCAGUGUGGUAUACCAAAGACCUAUUCACACGCGCAAGGAAUGGUAUGCCCUGUUUGCAACGACAGACCGGUGCAGGCAAAAGAGCCGGAGAAGAAGAAGGGUUCUGCUGUCAAAGACAAGGAGAAAGUGAAGAGGAUGAGAGGGCAGUCGUCACAUGCAUCUUGGAAGAGUGAAACUGAGAUGGCUCUGCGGCAACAAUUCGACUGACGGGUGUCACCGGGAGUGCUGGUGCACUCAGUCUGUACACUAGGUAGAAUCGAAUCUCUUUGCUUGUUCCAUUGCGUCGCGUGGCUUCCAGAUUGCCAUCGUUUUGUUUCUUGUAUUUGCAGCUCUCUGACAUGCACGGAUUAAGUUUCGCAAGCUGUAUACGUUAAAAUGUUUUCCAGCCCAGCCAUGUUUCGAGUAAGUUACUCAGGGCCCCUUUGCUUCAGGGACAUUUUCCUGUGCCCAUCAGUAACUGGAUGACCUAUGAGAUUCCCAUGAGAUUUUUGCGUAUCAUAGAAGAAUCCCUGAAUACUGAACUGGUUGUGCUUCCUGCUGUUAUUUGCAUUGGUGACAUGGAAAUCUUAGCCCAUGGUCCGAAAUUCGCUUUGCAUUCUUGCUAAUCAUAGAAGCCUCCAGUGUGGAGGCAAUUAUGUCUAGUAAUGUGGCGGCAUGUGGCAUAACAUGGCCAACAUGGGAGCAACCCACGGAGAUGAACAGAUCCAGUCCUGCCGCGAUCCUGAUCGUAUUAUCAGUACUACUACAUUUGUGCAGCUUACCACUAACCUGUCUUGUGGGAUUCCCUUGGGACACGUUCAUGGUCUCCAAUGCUUAUGCCUUUAUUUGUUCUUGUCCAAGUUGGGUCCAUCAUACGUACGUAUUUGUCAUGCUAACUGGCUUGAAAUUCCACAAUGUAUGGAUCGGUUCUGGGCCUCAAGGUGAACCCCGUUUGCAGACAUUUCACGGUCUCUAGAUCUUCAGCUUUAAGACCUUCUGCCAUGAUACUUACUUGUGAUCGGAUCUCAAGGCUAUUCCAUCGUUCUUUCGAAUUCAGUAUGAGAACAGUAGGCAGAUAUUUGGAACGAGCAACUGCGGAGGGCGGGUGGCACGGCCCUGUCUGUCCUCUGUCGGCCAUGAUGCGUCCAUUGAAUAAUGCAGGGUUAAUUCAGACGAGCAGGGACAAAACUGCGCAGUUUUUAAAAGCUUUCCGGAUCGGAUCGACGCCACGGUGGCACACGGUGCCAGCCAAGGCCCCACGCGGCCUCAUCACCCACUUCCAUUUUAUACCAUCCACUCCCCCCAGCAAUCUCACACAUCCCCACACGAACGAUCAAACUCGGAUCCGUCCGCCAGCCAUGGCUCGGCUCGCCGCCCUCCUCCUCGCCUUCGCCGUCGCCGUCUCCGCCACCACGCUGGCCCACGGCCGCGACCUCCCGACCCAGAUCAAGCUGACCAAGGGCGGCGGCGCGGUGGGCGGCGACAGCCAGGAGUGCGUGUACACGGUGUACGUGCGGACGGGGUCGAUCUGGAAGGCCGGGACGGACGCCAACAUCACUCUGGAGCUCUACACGGCGGGCAACGCCGACGGCGUGGCCAUCUCGGACCUGCCGUCGUGGGGCGGGCUCAUGUGGGGGGGCCACUCCUACUUCGAGCGCGGCAACCUGGACAUCUUCAGCGGGCGCGGGCCGUGCAUGGCCACCGCGCCCUGCCGGAUGAGGGUCUCCUCCGACGGCACCGGCGCGCACCACGGCUGGUACUGCAACUACGUGGAGGUCACCGUCACCGGCCCACACCGCGGCUGCGCGCAGCAGCUCUUCACCGUCGAGCAGUGGCUCGCCACCGACGCCGCGCCCUACAAGCUCGAGGCCGUCGUCGACCGCUGCCCCGCCGAUGGCGCCGCCGCCUCGGAGUAAGACCGAGUACGCCGGCCUCACACUGUGUGGUGGUAGCAAUAAGCUGCGGGGCCGUGCGUGCCGGCCCCGUGAUCCGCGUGCGCCGCGCCGGAGAUGUACUACUAUAUGAGUUCGUGCUGCUGGUGGCGAAAUAAUCGGGGACCUGAUUUGUACUGUGUGCCAUUAGUGGGAGUUGUGAUUAGUUGCGGUGGCUGUUUUGUACGUUGAUGGUGUCAAUAUGGCAUCUUCAUUUGUGUGUAUCUUUGUCCAUGUUUUCAUGCGGUGAAUGUAGAUUCAGUUCCAAGCUCUA